AUGUGUGGGGUAGAAUAUCAUUAAUAGUUUUAGUCUCACACUCACACAAAAAAAUUAAUAUUUUUUGGAAAAAAAGUAUAAACUAAAUUGUGAAAAUGUAAGAUUAAUCAACAAAUUUUUACUCAAAUGAACUCCUCAUAAGGCCGAUUUUUUCUUUCUGAUUGACAAGGGAAUUAUUUAAUCGAACUAACUUCUUUAAACAGUAUAUUAAUGAUUAGUUAUACAAUGGGAUAAACUAUAUAGAUAAAUAGAUUUGAAUGCAAAUACUCUUUCGAUUAGAUCAUAAUAUUAUAUUUUUCUAUUUUAAAUCGAGUUCUAUUCAUUUUAAUUAUAUACGAAAGUAUUCGAUUAAAAUAAUUAUUUUAUUUUUCAAAAUUGACAUUUCAAAAUCAAACAAAUAAGUAGUCAAUGUUUUUUUUUCACCUGAAAUAUUUAAAAAAAAGACUCAUUUCUUCUAACUGAAUAUUUGACUAUUUUAUUUCAAAUCGAAUAGUAUCUGCUUGAAUUCUUCUGUCCAUAUUCUUUCAUAUCUUAUGAAAUAUGAAUUCGUGAAGAUUUAUUCGAAUGUUUUUAGUUCUAAUAAAUGAUUUCAAAAUUGAUAAAUCAUUUAUUCACAUCGGAAUUAUUUUGAUUUCUAUUCAUAGAAUUUAACUGAUAUAGAACGAUCGAUUGAAAUAUUUUAAGAUAAAUUUAAUUAGUUAAUCUAUUUUAAUGAAAAGAAUGUGAGAUUCUUUUAAAAAAAUCUUCGAAUAUAUAUUAAACGAUUAUCUUAACAAUAAAGUUGUUUUAUUCAAUAUAAAUAGACGAAUAUUGUUUAUUGUCUUAUCAAUAAUAACAUUCGAUAUUUUUAUUACGCUUAAAAACAAUUUAUUAAAGAAUAAUUUUUGUUCAAGUUAAUCGUUGAUCGAAUCAACUUUUUUAAAUAUAUAUUUAGUAGCAGAGAAUCGAAAGAUUUUCUCUACGGCUUGUCCAAACGUUACGCUGUGACAUAGUUUUUGUCGGCCAAUUUUGAGGUACUUAAUAUGCUCAGAACGAUUUCAUUUUUAUAAGUGUUCGUAUUUUCUGUAUAACUAGUCGUUCUACCCAAGAACGAGAUCGAUAUAUCGACAUGGAAGAAGCUUACAAGAGACGGAAUAAGUUAGAAACUGUAUAAGAGUCUACAAAUUUUCCUUAGCUACGAAAGUCAAAACUAAAUAGAUCAACUUGUAGAGAAUGAAAUUCUGCAUUGAAUGAUAUGGUUCUCAGUUUUUUUUAGAAAAAUUUCUAGGUUAUAGAACCCAAAAUACGAUUUUUACAAAAGUUUAAAACCCAAUUUUCAAUGCCAAAAUCUAAUUUUUGUACAAAAUAAAUGUCAAAUUCGUAAUCAGUGUUCAAAACUGCCUCUAAUUACUUAUUCAGAUCUAUCCAACUCGAAAAAAAAAGUUUGUUCGAAACUUGAUCAGUGAAGUGUCGCGUUACGUAGACAACCAGUCUAAUAGUUAACAAUCAUGAUGAUUAAUGUAAUUAUUCUAUAAUUACAUUAAGAUAUUUGCAAAGAGAGUAAGAAGAGAUUCGAAAUUUUCCAUAGAAAAUGAAACAAUCAAAUACGUUCUAGAUUUUUAUAUAUUUGUUAGUAGGUUAAAGAAAAACGUUUAAUUGGUAAAAAAAAUAAUCUCGCCGAAAAGAACUUGUAAAUGAUAAAUCCAGAACAAUUGAAAUUCAUUUAAAUUGAAUUUAUAUUCCUUAUCAAAUCUAGAAAUAAUUCAUCAAUCAAAUUGUCGAUAUAAUCAAAUAGAUGAUAGUUUAUCAAAUCGAACAGGCGCAUCAUUAUCUUCAUCAAUAGGUGAUGCACCAGCUGCUAGUCCUAAACAAUCUUAUAUAUUAGAUUUAAUACAUACAACAAAUGCUCAUCUUGAUAAUAUGGAUAUUAUUCAACAUUCAUCAUCAUUUUACUGUGAUCAAGAUAAUAGUUCUAUUCUAUCGAUUUUAUUAAAUAAUAUAUCGAUUAAUAAACAACCAAUUAAAUCAAAUUAUUUAGAUUUUGAAAAUACAGAAAAAUAUCUGGAAGAAAAUCAAUGUGAUUGUUAUCGUCAAUAUAUUGAAAAUGAGAAAUUAACUAUUAAUGAAGAACAAGAUGAUGAUAAUACACUAAAAAGAAAUAAUAAAAAUGAUUCAAGUUUACGUAUUGUUGAAAAUCAAUUAAAUAAAAGUUCAAAUUCAAAUAAUUCAUCAUCAUAUAAAUCAAUAAUUAAAAUUCGUUCAUCUCAACUUCAAUCAUUAUCAUCAUCAACAACACAAAGUUUUCAUACAUCUCUUAAUUGUAUAACACUUGCUAUGGAACAUCCAUCGAUUCCAACAACAAGUCCUGAACGACAAUUUAUAAAUUUAACAAAUAUAAUAUUUACAAUAGAAAUGUCGGCAAAAGUAAUAGUAAGUGAAUUUAUAUUUGGAUUGCAUACCUAUUUACUUAUAAGUCAAGUACCUGGUCUUAAACUUGUUGUACAAACAUUACUUUCAUCAUUACGACUAAUUGGUUAUAUUGUUGUUAUAUGUUGUACGCUUUUUUUUUAUUAUACUUAGUGUACAGGUAAAUACUAUUAUUAAAUCUUUUUUUUUUUUAUAGAUUAUAAUCAAUUCUAUAUUUUCUGUGAAAUAAAAAAGAUUCGAUUUAUUAAAAAUAAAAUUUCUAUUAAUUGUAAAAGGAACUUAAAUAUAGUUUCGUUGAUGUCAAUUUUGUUUUUUAUUAAAUAUUCUCUUGAUAUUAAGCGAAUAAUAAAACUAUUAAUUAUUAUAGAAAGUACGAAAAUGACCCA